AUGCCAUCGCAGGUUUUCAUUGUUGAGCAAGUUGGGCAAGGUCCAGCUGAUCCGUCGACAAACCACUUUGACAAUGACUAUCGAGGGCGGUGUGUCCAAAAACGGAUCGCUGGUCGACGUGGUCCAGUGUGGCGGCGAGGGCGGACCACAACACAGGAGCGAACCUCCGACGAUAUUGCAGACUUCCUCCUGUCGGGGGAGAACGACUACGCCUCCUUUCAGGAGAUCUGCAAGAACUUCGACCCGCCAGCGGACCCGCAGCAAAUCCGCGCUGUCAUCGAGAGAUGUCCAGAUAGGUUCACCGUCAGCAAAGACACCGUGACGGUCCUUGAUGCACAGCGGAAGGAAGCCAUCACCUGCAUGAUCAAGAAGCUGGUGGUGCGGGACAUGGCGCAUGUGGAGAUUGACCCGAACAAGGCGUGUGAGCACAUCUACCAAGCGGCUCACUAUGCUCUGAAAGCAACGCCUUGCCGAGUCGCGCAAAUCCUCGGCUCCGUGGCGAAGGCAACUCUGACGUACCCCGACGAGGUUGGGAAAGGAGUGUAUCCGGCCAAUAUGCCCCUGGCCCUGGCCUGCCUCAUCGACCGCAUGGUCUACUUGGCCCGAAAGCGAGGCGAGCAAACAGGUUUGGGCUCUGAGCUUUUGGAGAAGGCUCUCAGCCCGAAGCUCUACGACAUCCUACUUCGGAGGUGGGUGGUUGGGCGGAUCAAAGGCAGCCAGUUCCUCGCAAACAUGAUCCUCGCCCAAGAUUAUCUUCCGUGGAGCAACACCUCUCUGAGCCAGUCGAAUGGGAUUCUCUUGUGGGAGCGCCUUGGCUACUUCGAGGCCAAGGACCUGGACAAGUGCAAGCAAUCGCUGUCUUAG